UGGAAUAUGGUACGUGCAUUCAUUCUAAUAAUGAGUUCGUUUCCUUCACGCUAACUCCUACACUGAGGAAUCUUUACUUUUUGCCUUGCUAUAAAUUAUCAAGAACACAACAUCUCUUCUCAUUCAACAAAUUACAAAGAUCUCAUUAUCUAAUUCGGAUCAUCCAUCUCAAAAGCUUCUCGUUUCGUUUCAUCUAAUUGUAGCCAUGUCUCAGACCGUUGUCCUCAAAGUUGGAAUGUCAUGCCAAGGCUGCGUUGGAGCCGUCAACAGAGUCUUGGGGAAAAUGGAAGGGGUUGAGUCAUUUGACAUUGAUAUAAAAGAGCAAAAGGUGACAGUGAAAGGUAAUGUUGAACCUGAAGCAGUUAUUCAAACAGUUUCAAAGACUGGAAAAAAGACUUCUUACUGGCCUGUGGAGGCUGAGGCUGAGCCAAAAUCUGUGGCCAAGCCUAAGGCUGAGGUUGAGACUAAGACUGAGGUUAAGGUUGAUGCAAAGGCUGAUGCUGAACCAAAACUCGCAGAAGCUUAGACUAAGCCAUCGCAAGUUUAAAUACUAAAGAUGACAAUGAGGCUUCUUAUCCGUAUUGGCAAUGCUUCUUUCACGUGGCCUAUGUAUUGUAAGAACAAAAAGAUUUAUGGUUUCUCUAUAUACCUAAUACUUUUCAACUAUUGAAAAGAAUUUGUUGGAGACCCAUGUUCUUCCAACUUCUUUUAUUAUAAGUUUUUUACUGAUAAAAUACUACGGGAACUAAUCUUUAGAUUA